UGUCCUAUGUUGUCAUAUGUCGAGAGGCUGGAAUCAGGAAGUGGACUUGUAAUGUCCUAUUUUGAUUGUGCCCGUCUUUGUUCAACUAUUUAAUUUAUAAGUUUAAAAUGGGGCUUUUUGGAAAAACACAAGAGAAACCCCCGAAGGACCUUAUCAAUGAAUGGUCUCUCAAAAUCAGGAAAGAAAUGAGGGUUAUUGACAGACAGAUCCGAGAUAUUCAAAGAGAGGAGGAGAAGGUAAAGAGAUCCAUUAAAGAUGCUGCAAAGAAGGGACAGAGAGAUGUCUGCAUCGUUCUCGCCAAAGAGAUGAUUCACUCAAAGAAAGCCGUCAACAAACUGUACGCCUCUAAAGCCCAGAUGAACUCAGUGCUGCUCAGUAUGAAGAAUCAGUUAUCUUUAUUAAGAGUGGCAGGUGCCUUGCAGAAGAGCACAGAGGUCAUGAAGGCCAUGCAAAGCCUGGUUAAAAUCCCAGAGAUUCAAGCCACCAUGAGAGAACUCUCAAAAGAGAUGAUGAAGGCUGGCAUCAUAGAGGAGAUGCUGGAGGAUACACUGGGUGGGAUGGAGGAUGAGGAGGAGAUGGAGGAAGAAGCAGAGGCUGAGGUUGACAGGAUCCUCUUUGAGGUUACAGCUGGCGCUCUUGGAAAAGCUCCCAGCAAAGUCACAGACGCCCUGCCUGAUCCAGUGCAGAUCGGAGCCACGGCAGCCUCAGAAGACGAAGAGGAAGAGGAAGAAGAAGAUAUCGAGGCAAUGCAGUCCAGACUAGCAGCGCUGAGGAGCUAAAACACCUGCGUUCCCUUCAAGCUCUAUAGGCAUAGACAACAUAUCUUCCUCUGUAGCUUUUCUACACAUAAGGCACUUUGGCAUGGUAAAUAUAGGACUAAAUUCGGACUUCACUUAAAAUAAAAUAGUGGAUAUAGAAUAGAAAUAAAAAUGUCUAUAUUUCUAUCAAUUUCUAACUCUUUAUUAUGUGUAAUACUAAUAAUAAUGAACAGUGAAGUCAGAUAUUCAGUUCUUGUACUCGUAUACACAUGGCUAUUUCAAAUCAUUAAAGUUUUACUUCAAGUCCAUGUUAUUGAUGGAUAUUUGGUUUGAAUCUAUGCCUAUAGCUGCAGCUUGUCCAAGGAUCUGUAGUGCAGUGUCGUCAUAUCGGUGUUGGUCUUAGUUGUUUCGUCUCUGUUAUUGAAUUUGCAGUUUUACUUGGGCUAAAUGAAUAGUUCUUUCAUACAUCUGGCAAUUUUGUUUUAUUGAGUAGGACAAAUUCAUGGAAGCCAUUACUUGUAAAUCUUGUACAAAUGCUGCAUAUAAAAAUAAAUCCGAUUGCAUUGUUAUUUUGUAAGUAAAGUGAUAAGACGGGCUUUGAGAAUUAAGGAAUGGCUGUGCUCGAUAACUGACUGUCUCAUCAGGUGUUUGGGAUCUUAUUUCUCUUUGUUUUUGUCGAUUUCUGCCGCUUUGUGGCUUUUGUUAUGGCUUAAAUCCACUUCUGUCUUUGUUUGUUUUGUUUUAUGACUAUUUUUUUAAUGCCUUUGCUUUUAGAUGACUGAAAUGCCUGAUUAACAUGUAAAUGGCUGACAAUUCAUCUUAUGGUUUCAUCCAAUAUUAUAUUUUAAGUUGAAUGGUCUGCUGAAUAUUACUCUUACAUGUCUACAUAUGAAACAGUUACUCAGUGCAUUCUGGCAUUAUGAUGAGUUUUUAGUAUGGUGUGAUCUGCUUAUUUGACAAGCUGAGCACUCUGGAGUUACAAGUAUGGAUUUUAUAUAAAUCCAGUCUCAAUAUGUUGGCUAAUGAACCAAAUUCAUUCGUUUUGCUUCAUUUCAUACCUUUGCUGUUGUGGGAAAACAUUUACAUCUAAUGCACUCAAAUUUGUAAGUGGGGAAAAUAUGUUGGUAACACUAAUAAAAUUAAAAAGGCAA